AUUGGAAGUUUGAAUACCCGCCUACUUUUUCAUAGUUGUGCGAAACAAACCUUUGUUUACGUUCUAGUUCCCGCCAAAUAAUUCCCCGUUUCUGUCGUAUUCCCGCGCAAAUUAUUUCUUGAAGAGGGUGAGUAGUACGAGUGUAUUUUAUUUCGACGGAUUGAAAUCUGAGGACGCAAGCUAUUGUCAAAAUGUCAAAAAUUGAGUCCUUUAUUAUUCUGGACUUCGAAACAACUGGAAUCGAACGUGAAGCGAGAAUAACGGAAAUUGCUUUUAUUGCUGUUUCGAGAGAGCAUAUUUUGUGUGCUGCUACAAAAGCUAAAGGAUUGCCAAGGGUUAUGAAUAAAUUUACUAUUUGCUUGAACCCUGAUAAGCCCAUUAAUCCAAUAGCAGCAAAAAUUUCUGGACUGAAUAAUGACUUGCUGCAAGGGCAGAAACCUUUUGACAGCACCGCAUUCAACAUUCUGGAAAACUUUGUAUGCAGACUUCCACAACCUGUGUGCUUGAUUGCUCAUAAUGGGGACAGUUACGACUUUCCUAUUUUGCAAGCAGAACUUGAAGCAUUCAAACAGCUUCCUGAACAUAUACUGUGUGCAGACUCAAUUAAAUGUUUUCGAGCACUCCUGGGUCCUAACAGACAGUUUAUUGACAGCAAAACUAUCGUUCAGCAGAACGAAUCGGUCAGUGUUAACCUGACUGCACAAGUUAUGAUCACCAGACUCAAAAACUGCAAAGAUGUGAAUGGGUCAACCCAGGUGCUUAAUGUGACCAAUGUGAACUCUACACAGCAAGUAGGUGCCAUGACAGUCAUGUACUCUCCUGCCAAGAGAAGGCGGACCGCUAUGACGCUCUCCACGAGUGACGGCAAGCAUGGAUGUCUUGAAAACGAAAUUAUCAGGGAUGUUUCGAACAGAAAACGAACACCAAACAGCUUCAAGCUGGUAGACAUAUACAGGUAUUUCUUCAACAGGAAAUCACAGGACAACCAUACGGCCCACGGUGACGCACAGAACUUGCUAGAGUGCAUCAUUGCCACGGGAAGCGACUUCCUUUGUUGGGCAGACAAGAAUGCUAGAAAACUUAGUGAUGUUAAGUCAAGGUGGUCACAGUCUUUAAGCUGAAUGAGUGAUUUGGCUGAACAUGAGGUUUUUUUUUCUGCUUGUAAUAAAUGAUGGAAUUUUAUUUAUUUUUUAAAAUAUUUUUCUGGAUAAUAAGUUUGUAGUUUGAAUUGUUUUCAGCCAUCAUUACUGUACUUUAAUAAUUAAUAACUGGUCAAAUUGUAUCUUUGUCAUGUUAAUGUGUGUUAGGAAAGAAAUUUUAUUGAAAAUGAUAAUUUUAUCAUCCAAAUCAUUAAUAAAAUUGCAUGGUAUACUAUUUAAGUAAGACUAACAAUUCCACUAGUUACAGAAAAUGAAGUCAUAUGACGCAGUUUUUUUUUACCCUGAAAGGUUGUGUAUAUGUCUCUUCCAGAGAGAUACUGUGAACAAACUGGCCAGCUGUACUGAAAAGUAGUUAAUUUUGCUAGAAUGAGUGGUAUUUAAAAUUGAAGGUUCAUUGGCACAAUCUAGUUAAAUGGAAUACAAAUAGUAAAAUUAUAACUUGCGAAGUAUUGCAAGACCACAAUCAUGCAUACUCAGGCAUACACAAAUCACUGCUAAUGUAGCUUUCUCUAAGGGCCAGUUUUACCUCCCAUUAAAUCUGAAAGAUAGCCAAAAGACAGUUUAGCUAAACUCUGGUUGGAAAAAUGAACAGUUUUUUACUAUUGGUAUUUAGCCGAAGGUUAGCUACGCUACUUGUGUUGGUAAUAAAACAAACGAAUUUGGUUUACAUUUGUCUUUUAAAUGUUGCACAUCUCUCUUCUGUAGCGUGACAGUCAGCUGUUAGUUUGGAUUUUGUGUGAUACUGUGAAUUCUGAUUAGUAAUUAUGUCGGAUGCAACAAAAAAAAGUCAUAAACUUUAUCUGGCAACAGAAUUACAUAAAAUAAAAAACUACAAUUUAAGAUGCAUAA